GGUAUUGGUGUCGGGCGGGCGCCAGGAACCAGAACCGUCGCCAGAGUAGCCCCGCCGACUAGAGGUUCGCGAUAUAAGCAUGUAAAAAUACUUAAUCAAGCGCUCAGUCUGCCACGAUCAGUACGCCGAGGUGGACGUGAAGCGCCGCGAGGGCUCAUCACACGGCAUAGGCUUUUUUGUUGUUUUUGAAAAGUGGAACGAAAAAAAAAAUAGGUGUUAGGCGGGUAGCAGCACCAGCGGCAACAGCAUAUUUACUCAUCCGAGUGUGUCCGGGUGAAUCGUUGUGUUGGGCGAAAGUGUGUCAGGAAGAAUUGAAAAGUUAAACAGCCAGUACAGUGACCGUUGGCGACCGGACGAUCGAUUCUCCAAACGGGCGAUUGAGCUGUGCUGGGGCCUUUCCCAAAAACCACACGGGAAUUCACGCAUUCUUAUCAGUAGAAAGUACGCCGCAACGGUAACGAUUAUCCAGUGGACGGCGAGUUCUUCCAGCAAGAUGCGGCACUGUUUUGGCUUCGGAGUGCUGGUGUCGUUGCUGUGGUGCGUUGUGGGCCCGGUCUUUGCAGCAACGCAGCUGCAUGCAGCCAGAUCGGCGUCCGGCCUACAAGAGGUGGCAAAGGGGAGCGAUGCCGAGGUGCGCACGUUCGAGCCAACCAGCAAUGUUGGACACAUCUAUUCAUUGGAUCGCGCCGACGGGACCGGCCAGUACGCAUUCGAUAACUUUUCGAUCGCACAUGAACCGCGGGCCUACCGGCCGGAUGUCGGUGCGCUCGACUUCGUGUACCACAACCAGGAGGAAAUGACACGCUACCUGCGCGAGACGGUGGCGCGCUACCCGAACCUAACCGCGCUCUACUCAAUCGGGAAGUCGGCGCAAGGUCGCGAUCUGUGGGUACUGGUCGUGUCCGCUUCACCGUACGAGCACAUGCUGGGCAAACCGGACGUGAAGUACAUCGGUAACAUCCAUGGCAACGAGGCGGUCGGGCGGGAACUGCUCCUGCACCUGAUCCAGUACCUGGUCUCGAGCUACAGCUCCGAUCCGUACAUCAAGUGGCUACUGGACAACACGCGCAUCCACAUCCUGCCCUCGCUCAACCCGGACGGGUAUGCGGCGUCGAAGGAGGGCACGUGUGACGGCGGUCAGGGCCGGUACAACUCGCGCGGUUUCGAUCUCAACCGUAACUUCCCGGACUACUUCAAGCAGAAUAACAAGCGCUCGCAGCCAGAAACCGAGGCAGUGAAGGAUUGGAUCUCGAAGAUCCAGUUUGUGCUGAGCGGAUCGCUGCACGGUGGCGCACUGGUCGUGAGCUACCCGUACGACAACACUCCAAAUGCCAAAAUCUGUCGGUCAUCGUCAACAUGCGCCGUCUUCCACAGCUACAUGUCGCAACCAUCGCUGACGCCGGACGACGACGUGUUCAAGCAUCUAUCGCUGACGUACGCCAACAACCACGGCAAGAUGUCGCGCGGUGUCGCUUGCAAGACGGCGUCGCCCUCGUUCGAGAACGGCAUCACUAACGGAGCCGCCUGGUACCCGCUGACCGGCGGUAUGCAGGACUUCAACUACGUUUGGCACGGGUGCAUGGAAGUAACGCUCGAGGUAUCCUGCUGCAAGUUCCCGCCCGCGUACGAGCUUCGCAAGUACUGGGACGACAAUCAGCUAUCGCUGAUCAAGUUCCUGGCCGAGGCGCACCGCGGCGUGCAGGGCUUCGUUGUCGAUCCCACGGGCAACCCGGUCGAGCGGGCCCAGCUCAAGAUAAAGGGUCGCGACAUCGGCUUCACCACGACCAAGUAUGGCGAGUUUUGGCGCGUGCUGUUGCCGGGCGUCUACAAGCUCGAGGUGUACGCCGACGGUUACGUGCCGAAGGAUGUAGACUUCAUGGUCGUCGAGCAGCACCCGACACUGCUCAACGUCACGCUGCAGCCCUCGAAGCGAACAACGCCCAACCUUGUACAGCAAUAUCCCGCUCCCUCUAUUAACAAACAACCGACGCUGGAUACAGUCGCCACGCUCCCCACCGGUGCCGGUUUACCUUCCGUCGAACCCAACCGCGGUACCGUCCAGUUUCCGGAUCCGGCUGCCGGUGGGGCCACGUGGCAACCGCCAGUACAGCGGCCGGCGCUGGUGGAGGCUCCAGUUUUGAACGACGAUGUGGGCAAGCAAGAUCGACUUAUUUUUACCGUCUGAGUAGGGUAUCAGCGAUUCGUUGGCUCGCGCUCGGAGACGGAAAGGAGUAACCUAUAAGUUUUUUUUGUAAAUAAGCAAUACCCAAACACACGCGUGCUUCACGUAUCUCGUAGGUUAAUCGUUAGCCAACAGGGUAGCAGAUGCGAAUAGGUUGAGAAGAACCUAAACGAAAUCGCACGAUAACAAAGCCAACAGGCCAUCGCUCUGCUGGCUUUUGCCAUUCUGCUCUGCUCUGCUCCAGCUACUUUUGAUUGUCAACAUAUUACAAGUCUACAGGCGUUUAGGACUUCUCCGCCAUUCGCUCACAAAUGCAUCUCGGAUGCAUUUCGAUCUUAACAAUCGUUUAUUCAAUUAAAACUUUAGAAACAUUCAACGAGUGUGUGUUUGUCAGUGUGCUGUGAUUACCAUUCGCUUGAGGUAACAGGUAAAGGUUUACACGUGUAUAACGGACAGAGACAAACGCGAAUCACUAGGGCAGAUUUUCAAACGAAUAGAGGUUGUAUCGCUUGUAAAUAUGGUUGUUUAUAAUCCUAUUUUAACUGUACUGUUUGUUCCUUUAGGCAGGGAGAAGUUCGCAGUGGAGGUGAUUGUUUGUUAAUGAAACAAAAUUUAAUCAUGUCCAGAUGAUAUCCAAGCUAAUUUAUGGUGUCGAUUGUAGCAACGAUGCGUUUGGUGUGGAUCCACUGUGUGGUGUUUGAUAUUCGGUUGACUCCACGUUGGGAGCGUGUGUUGUGUGCCUUUCUCCUGUGUGAACACAUUGUUUUAUUACUGUAACACCUGCGCACCCGUUGGCGCGCACUCGUAUAUAUUACAUGCCUUUAUAAACCAGUCUAUCUCACUCGUGCGCAGCGCCAGGACGGCACGCACUAUCGGCCGGCCGCAUCGACCCAGUAUCGACCGUCCCAGCAGCUACCUCCGGCGCAGUCAUCCGGCUCGGACGAGGGCAUCCUUUCCACGCUCAGCAGUGGCUUCAACAGUUUAGU